CCCCUCUUUGUCAGGAUGGCAAACUUCAAUGAAAAGUGGGAGCCUGUUUUGUGCUUUGCCGUGCAAUCGUCUGCCUGUGCAGCUGAUGAGUCAAGUGAGAGUUUAUACCUCCAAUGGUCAGAAAAAAGAUCUCGGAUCAGAAGAUAAAAAUGUAUCUACCCCUGAAGACUCUGUGCGCAAAGUUGGAACAGAGUCAUCACUUCAAACUUCUGAAAGAGCUAAAAGACUUGGUGGACGAGAUACUGGCAAUGCAGAUCAAAAGCAGACUUUCCUUAAAGAACCCAUCCAAGUGAAAGUGAAAGCAGUCCUCAAAAAAAGAGAGUAUGGACCAAAAUAUACGCAGAACAACUUCAUUACUGGAGUCAGAGCAAUUAAUGAGUUCUGUCUCAAAUCCAGUGAUUUGGAUCAACUGCGGAAAAUUAAACGACGAAGCCCCCAUGAUGACACUGAGACUUUCACUGUGUACCUGAGAUCGGAUGUGGAGGCAAAGUCUCUUGAAGUUUGGGGUAGUCCAGAGGCUCUUGCUAGAGAGAGAAAACGACGCAAAGAGGCAGAGAUCAAAUACAGAGAAAAUUUAUUUAGAAACCAAAGGCUAUUGAAGGAAUACAGGGAGUUCUUUGGAAAUACUAAGCCACGCUCCAGUGCAGCAGCUAUGUUUUUCAAGGGACCAGGGAAGGUGGUAAUGGUAGCUAUUUGCAUAAAUGGGUUGAAUUUUUUCUUUAAGCUACUUGCUUGGGUUUACACGGGUUCUGCAAGUAUGUUUUCAGAAGCUAUACAUUCUUUAGCAGACACAUGCAAUCAGGCAUUGCUAGCUUUGGGCAUCAGUCAGUCUGCAAGGACGCCUGACCCUAGUCAUCCGUAUGGUUUCACAAACAUGCGCUAUAUUGCCUCCCUGAUUAGUGGGGUGGGCAUUUUCAUGAUGGGUGCAGGACUUUCGUGGUAUCAUGGGAUCAUGGGUUUACUCCACCCUCAUCCUAUAGAAUCUCUUCUCUGGGCAUACUGCAUUUUGGCAGGGUCAUUGGUAUCUGAAGGAGCUACCCUUCUUGUCGCUAUCAAUGAAAUCCGCAGGAGUGCUCGAGCCAAGGGUCUGUCAUUUUAUCAAUAUGUUGUGCAGAGUCGUGAUCCAAGUACCAAUGUAGUGUUACUGGAAGAUGCUGCAGCAGUUCUGAGCGUGGCUGUAGCUGCUACCUGUAUGGGUCUGACUUCUUUAACAGGAAACCCAUACUAUGACAGCGUGGGGUCUCUUGGCGUUGGAACUUUGCUAGGAACUGUGUCAGCAUUUCUGAUCUACACUAACACUGAAGCCCUGCUGGGACGAUCUAUUCAACCUGAACAACUGCAGCGACUUACUGAGUUACUGGAAAGUGACCCUGUAGUAAGAGCAAUUCACGAUGUUAAAGCCACAGAUAUGGGAAUGAGCAAAGUGAGAUUCAAGGCAGAAGUAGACUUUGAUGGACGGGUUGUUACACGUUCUUACCUGGAAAAACAAGACAUUGAACAGCUGCUACAAGAAAUUCAGCAAGUGAAGACCCUAGAAGAAUUAGAAGCAUUCAUGCUUAAGCAUGGUGAGAAUAUCAUUGACACGCUGGGAGCUGAAGUAGACAGACUUGAGAAGGACCUAAAGCAACGAAAUCCUGAUGUUCGUCAUGUGGAUUUGGAGAUACUAUAGACUUAGCAAAGGAAAUCUUUAAGUUGAUAGCAAUUUGGGAAGAAGUCAUGUAAAUGGCUGAAAAGCUUCUGAAAUUACAGUGACCUCAGCAGCAUACCUCGCUUUAGUUUGCAGGCUUCCUGGACUGUUAGCUUCUUAGACUGCUUCUUUUUGUGGAAGAGCAUUAGACUUGCAGUCAAAAAGUUCCAUGACAAAUCCACUUGAAAAGCUGCUUGACUUAAAUUCUGCUGGAGAAUCUGUCUAUUUACUGCAAUCCAGGACUUCAGACUUGAAGUUUAGAUAGGCAAACAUAACUGCCUGAAAACAUGCAGCACACUCAGUUUUUCCAUUUGUGUCCCUUUGCAGUCAGUUUGCACUUCCUUACUUUCUUUCAAGAUAUCAUUAAAGGUUCUUGGGAGAUAUUAAGAUUAGCUAUGAUGAGUUUGUUCCAGUGGAACCUGCCAACCUUAAACUAAUAGUUUUGUUUCAGCUGUGUGAUUGUUUCACAGUUUUUCUUUUCUAUGAGAUAAAUUCCUUCAAACAGGCACUGACCUGCUCUCAAGUACCAUGACCUGGAAACCUUUUUGCCACCAUUGUGAUUACCGACAGCACUUCAGAAAAAAAAAAAAAAAUCAGGUUUUUCUCCUUGGUGGAGUCAGCUGUACGUGGUCAGCCAGAGGAUAUUGGGUUACUGUGAAGAAAAAAUGUAGAGGUUUCAGUGAAUUUCCUCUGUUUAAAUUCUGUUCUUUUUCCCCUACUUCUUAAAUUUUUUUUUUUUUUUUGUAAAUAUCUUCAGAUGUAAUCUGGGAGACACUUAUGGUAGUGUUUAUUGAAAGUUACUUGGCAUUUUUGGCUUUUUAUACUUUUAAUAAGCAGUAUUGCCAAAAAUGGCCAUUGCUAGAAGAUGUAAGAAAUGUAUUUGGAAGUAAUAAUAGUCAAAAGUGUAUUAGAAAUAUUUAUAAUUAAACACGUGAAUACAUUGUAUUUUCUAUUUAUUUACCUGUAGGUGUUUUCCAUUAUCUGAAUCCUAUACGACAUGCUUUAUGAUUUUGUUUUUUAAGAGUUGCCCAAGCUUGUCUGAGAAAGUGAAAGAAUGAUAUCACUGGUCCUCAACAAUCAUGAGAUAAGUGCCUAGACUUUAUAACUUUGAAAUCUGCAAUUCUAGCACUAUACAAAAUCAGCUUAAAGGCUUUCUGCAGUGGGCACCCAAGUCAUACCAGAUUCUUCAAGAACCAGUUGUUUCUUAGAGGCUGUGAUCAUGCAAAUUGAAAUAUUAGUGAAAUAACUAUAUAAAAGUAACUGAGGAAAAUCCUUUAUGCACUUUAAAAUACUUCUGGAAAAUGAGAAUUCCUCAUGAGUGAGAGGUGGGAUUAAGAGCCUCCUACUGAUUCUGUUACUGAGCAAUGAUGGAUUGUCUGAGAGGAGAGGUGCUGAUAGGAAACAGGUCCUUAAAAAUCAAUUUAAUAAGAUUAAGCUACAAGCAUUGCAGUAAAGAAUAAUCGUGGAAACCAAUAAGUCCAGAUUUGACUAAAAGCUUUUAAUUUUUUCAUAUGAAAUGCAAUUUACCAGUGAAUUAGAAGAAUUUAUAGUGGCAUACCUUUUUUGCAACUGAGAAGCACUUUGCUUGCUGGUCAUUUUAUGUAGAAUAACAUUCCAGAGCUUAUUUAAAGAUGAAACUUCACAUACAAUAGUUGUGGGUAAAGGGUCUCUUUAGUAUCUCUGUCCCAUAAUUCCUCUUCAUCAGUGGCUUCUUCAUAGUAUAUUAGCUUCUUAUGGCUAAUCCAGAAGGCACCAUUUACCUGUGUGCUCCCAUUGUAGCACCCAUUAGUAUAUUGAAGCCUGAUGAUUUGAAAUAUGUUUAGUGAAAGAUUUUAAAGGUAAUUCUGCAGAUGUACCGUAUCAAGUAAAUGCUACUUACUUUAGCAGAUUUUAAAUCAUUUACCUUGCUCCUCACUCUACGGUGUGAACUUCAUCUCAACUCAUUAUGCACUCUGCUGAUGUUAGUCUUAUUCAUGAAGAGCACUGGAAUCAGAUAAAUGCAUAACCUCUUUCCUACUUCCUAGAAUAUCUCUAUGGAUUUUGAAUUUGAAUAAACACUUAAAUUGUUAUUCCAGAAAUGUUAAAAACCUGAAGAGGACUAAAACUGGGAAAAUCAUCUUUCUGUAGAGAGGUUAUUGGAGGCAGUCAAUGUGAUGUAAAUGAUUUCUAUGCUGGCAUCACUGCUGCCAGCAGAAUAGAAAUGUUAUAGUCUGCCACUUUGUUAUAGAAAUUUCACUAAGUUAGUAAACAUUACCUAAAUACUGAAAUAUUCCAGUAUCUUUUUAAAGAGCAUGCAUGAGCUUAUGUUCUUACGGUACAUCUGCUCCAACAGCUUGUAAAAAUAUUUUCUUAUUCAUCAGAGUGUAAUUCAUACGAGUUUUUAAACUGAAUUUGUUUAUGUGAGUCAGAAGCAUACCCACGUACACAUCUUUUGUUUGCAUUGCAAGAAAAAUUUUCAGGUCUUUCUGUCCCAGUUGUGUUGUUGAAUAUAUGAGCACAAUGUGUUAAAUUUAAGAACCUACUACGUGAAUAGUUUGGUUAGAUAAUAGUUUGAGGAUCUAUUUCCAUUUUUUAAAGUUGAUCUGGAUGGUGGUGUACUACAAAAAUGCAGGGAAGUUCUGGCAGUUCCUUAUCAGCUUCUGUAUCUUGUAGUUGGGUGAAAACAUUGAUUCAUUGAGCUUGUCAAAUGAGAAACAUAAGAUAAUUCCAAGUUGAUAUGUUCAUAUAUAUAUAAUGAUUUGCAAUCUGUUUUUGUAAGUUUUGCUGUUUUUACUACUCAAAGAAAACAAGUUUGAGGUGUGUGGGUCCAGUGCUUAAUUUCCUUUUGGCUUAGUGUUCUGGUGGAAAAUGUUUUGUGAAUGCAUUUAUAUAAUGGAAUCCUCAGAAUUGAAGAAAACUUGUAAAGUGUAGAGGAGCGGCCUUUUUUAUCAUCAGAAAUACAAUUACAUGAUGACUCUUCUGGAUGGCUUUUAAGCAGUACUUUAGGAGUGGGGAUUUAGCUAACAACAAAGUUAUAUUCUAGGAUUUUUUUUCAAUAAAUGUUUAGUCUUAUAAAUAAUUUAUUUUUCUUGGCUGGCUUUACAGGUUUUUUCAAGUUGUGUUCAAAGCACUACUGCCCUCUGCUUUGUGAGUUUGCUCAUUUGUUGUGUUGUGUCUCAUAAUUCUGUAAAAUCUGUGCUAUUUGAAAAAGAUUGUCUUAGUAUUCCUAUAUACUGAGUGAUCGUAAUGGAUUUUAAGUCAAAGUUGGCUGGAUGCUGAUACAUGUUUUCCUUAAGAAUUUGGUUUUCAGUAAGAUAAGGAUGAAAUUUUGAAGUGGGUAUCUUUGCUCCCAUGAAUCAGUUUAAAGCCUGAAUUGUUUAUGUGUUGUGGAAUUCAGUUUUUUGUGUGGCCCACAGCCUCCGUUUUCUAAAGCAUUUGGUUCUAAAGCAUUUGAUUGCUGGCAUUCCGAUUCUGGUAAGUGAAGCUUUUUCAAUUCUAUUCACAGACUGGAUUUUUCAUGACAGAUUUUUAUUGCCCUCCAAUAGAGAGGAGAGAGUGCAGGGAAGAACUUUUAGAUUUGUUUUGCGUAGGCAAUGCACUGAUUGCAAUUCUGUGUUCCCCUUAUUUAUCAUUUUAACUGAUUUCUUUUUUUUUCUUUUCCUUAGAAGAAAACAAGCAUGGAAGUAGCACAGUGAGAUAUGGGCUAUCUGCAAAAAGUUUUUAGUCCCGCAAUUUAAACAAAUUCUCAGUUAAGUAAUCCUUUUUCUAAAGAUGAUCUUGAAGUGUUUCACAUCAAGAAACAAAAGAAUCCACAGAAACAUAUUGUCUAAGAGUUGAAAGAAAUGUCAUUUUGUGGUCAUAUUCUUAAGGCGUUUUGGUUUGAUAGUGUAGGACAAUUGAUUAAUAUUGACUCCUGUACUGGAACCAAAUUUCUGUAUGUGCUUAAAGGCUUUCACUGCAGAACUGAAUAUAGAAUGAAAUGCACUUUUUUUCUUAGCUUAAAUAUUGUGCUGCUUCUGUUCUUACUGUUAAUUCUGAAUAGAGAAUAUGACUAACAUCUCUUGCAGUUUUGCUGCUUGAUGUAAACAAGAAGUUGAGAUGUACUGAAAAGAUUUGUUUUUGUAGAGCAGCUUAAAUAAUUUUUCCUUUCUUGUUACUGAGAACAAAAUAAUGAAUAUCAAAAGAAAACUAUAGCAGUAUUACAUGUAAAAAGAAAUAGGAUUCCCAGCUUUAAAGCACAAUAAUCUGAUUUCUGAAAGUGUCCCUUGUGGAAAAUGAAACGUGCCAUGUGGUUGUAUGGACAGUAGAAACUGCAGCUGGUCAAUCUGGGUUUUCAGGCUGAAGCAAAAGAAAACAUAUUUCAACAAAUGUGGUACAAAGAAAAGAAUACUAGAUGCUGAGCAUUUAGUAGUGGGAAGAGAUCAACACGAUCUAAAAAAACGUGGCCAGAAGUAAGAAAUGAUCAGAGAACAACAUUAGGAAAUGCCACUUGAUUAGAAGGCAUAAGACAAUGUAGUAUAACUUUUUUUUAGCAAUAUUAAGAGAGUUGGCUGAUUUCCUCCCCUCCUUCCUCAUCCGCCCCUCGGAAGUGAAAACUCAUGCAAUCAUAGAAAACUUGAUGCUCAGGGGAUGAUAUAAUCUCGGCUGGAAGCUUUGUUGAGGAAGUGUGCACUAGGUGAGUGGAGGUGAAGUGCUUUUAAUUGUGGAGGUGGGAGCUGGAAUGGGUUAAAGUGAAAAUGAUUGAGACACCAUGCUGAAAUAUUGAAGAAGUGCAGUGUUGUAAGGACUGCAAAACUGUUGCAGUGGCCUGCAACCAUUGUUGCAUAUAUUAGUCUGUAUUUUCAGGUUGUUUACUUGUCUGUGGAUAAGAAAGAAUUUCUGGGUAAAUGGUGAUGUUCUACAACGGAGCUAAAGAGAGUUUCCAAGCAGUAAUACAAAGAGGAUGUACGUUUAAUAAAAUACCACUGAAUUAAAAAUAUAGUAGAUCUGGAGCAAAUUGGUAUUCUCAAGGACAGUUCCUUUUUUCUGUCUAUAAGCACUUAUUAAAAUAUAAGGUCUUGGUUACUUCUCAGGAGUGUCACACUAAGAGUAAGCCUGAUCAUACUUCUGUAUUAUCAGUGUUCAUAGCACUGUUAUGGGGACAAGGUGUCUACUAAAAUAUUGAAAUACAACUCCACACUAAUAUAAACUUUUUUUGCAACUUAAACUUAGGCUGUAUUUAAAGCAUUUGAGGUUGUGAUCAGCUGCUUCAAAUCUGAAGACAGAAGAAAAAAAUUAUGCAAUGUUGUGUAAAUGAUGUAAAUACAAAGCUUUUUGUAAGUUUCUCUUCAAAGGACACUGAAAAAGGAUGCAAGAUGAAGUGUCUGAAAAAUGUCUGAAGCAUUUGGAAGGAAUGUUGGUUAUUGCUAAAACUGCCUGAAAGUCUGGAAGCCAACAGUGAAGAUAUUCAUUGGUGGUAGAAAUUCCCGAGGACAAUCUCAAAAUUGAAACAUGUUUUUCCAUGCAGCCUCUUAAUCAAAAUUAUUCUGUCACCCUUUUGCACCCUUCUAAUGCUUGCUGGUGGCGUGCUGGCUUUUUCUUUCUCUCUUGGUUACUUCAUAAUAGUAAGGAGAAGUCAGUUUGAUUUGUGAGGUGUAGAUAUUUAAGUAUUUAUCUGCAUAUAUUUUCUCAUGUAAUUAUGAUUGAAUUUGGUACAUCUUGUAAAAUGUCUGGAAGCUGUAAUUAUUCAGUAAAAUGUUUCAUAGCUGGUAAA